AUGACAGACUCCGGAGAGGAUGGUCUGGAGCAUGACAAAGCUCCCUCACAACACAUCCCAAAGCCAUGGGUGAUUCCCGUGCCAAAGGGGACCCUCCAGCGCAUCUUUGGGACCAGCCAAAUCUUCCAGAACUUUGAUGAUAUAAAACCAAAGGCUACGGGGUUAACCGUGCCCCUCAAAGUCAGGGAAUACUACCAUCGAGCUCAUCAGUGCUUGGAGCAAGAGGACUGGGAGAUGGCCGUGCUCUUCUUCUCCCGCGCCCUCCACCUGGACCCCCAGCUGGUAGAAUUCUAUGCCUUAAGAGCCGAGGCUUAUAUCCAGCUCUGCGACUUCUCCUCGGCCGCCCAGAACCUUCGAAAGGCCUACUACUCCCAGCCAGAGAACAACGACUACCUGGAGCGACUCGCCCUGGUGCUUUACUUGAAGGGCCAGUGCCUUUUUGAGCAAUGCGCCUUUCUGGAUGCCUUGACCGUCUUCUCCCAAGCCUCUGAGCUCCAGCCUGAGAAAGUCUGCUUCCGGUAUCGAUGCCUGGCCUGUCUCCUGGCCCUUAAAAAGCAUCGUGAAUGCCUCUCGUUCGUCACCAAGGAGGUGAAGCAAGGCACCACCAAUGCGGAUGUCUACAUCCUCCGGGCCAGGCUCUACAACUUCUUCCAGAAGCCCAACCUCUGCUAUCGAGACCUACACAGCGCCUUGCUAUUGGAUCCCAAGCACCCACAGGCCAAGGUGCUGCUCCGGGUGAUGGUGGGCCAGGCCCAGCAGGCACGCCAAGAUGCUGGGGUCCUGGCCGUGCAGGGCAAGUUGCAACAUGCGCUGCAUUGCAUCAAUUGUGCCAUUGAGAACAACCCUCUGGACCCCAGCUUCUUCCUCUUCCGGGGCACCAUGUACCGACGGCUCCAGGAUUUUGACUUGGCAGUGGAGGACUUCCUGAAGGCGCUGGACAUGAUGAGCGAGCACCAAGAGGAGCUGGUGCAGCAGGCCCAGCGCCAACUGCUGUUGGCCUACAACGACUUUGCGGUGCACUGCUACAUGCAGGGCGCCUACCAGGAGAGCGUGCUCCUGCUCAACAAGGCCCUCAAGGACGAGCAGCAGGAGAAAGGCCUCUACAUCAACCGCGGCGAUUGCUUCUUCCAGCUGGGCAACCUGACCUUUGCUGAGGCGGACUACCAGCAGGCGCUGGCACUGAGUCCGAAGGACGAGGGCGCCCACCUGCGCAUGGGCCUGUUGCAGGAGAAGUUGGGUUUCUGCGAGCACCGGAGCAGGCAGUUCCAGAAGGCAGAGAACCACUUCUCAAUAGCCAUCCAGCACAACCCCCGGAAGCCCCAGUACUACCUGUACCGCGCCAGGAGCCGGCAGCUCAUGCAGAACAUUUCUGGGGCCCGCCAGGAUGUUGCCACUGUCCUGCUCCUGGACCCCAAGCAACCCAAGCUGCUCCCGAUGAUGACCAACCUUUUCCCCGGCAUGUCAGUGGAAGAGGUGCUAAGCAGCCAGGUGGCGAACCUGGCUAGGUUGCAGCUGGAGCGGGUGGAGCACAGCUUGUACACUAGCACCCCUCAGGACAUCCUGGAGCAGCUCAAGGAUCGGGAACAGAGGGCCCGGGCCCUGAUCAUCUCUUGGAAGCUGGAGCCGCCUUUACUGGAGACCUCCAAGGAGAUGGAGGCCCCUUGCCAGUUCCCGCAGGCAAAGCCAGAAGGCCCAGAGGAAGAGGUGCAGGUUUCUGGGAAGGAGAAGGAGAAGUUAAAGCUGGCCCCCAGCAAGGAGUCAUCCUUGACCGACAGCUACAUCAGCCAGACCUCUUUAGGCUCCACCUUGGGCUUCAGGACCAGGUCCACCUCGGAGACAGAGACAUCCAGUACGGGUCAGGAAUACAGGAGCACUUCCACCACUGUUGUGACAGUCUCUGACUCCUCACUGCUAAGGACACCAUCCUCAGACUCAGGGGACAGCAGGAAAGGCCUAAGCCUGAACCACAGCCCCAGAGAAACCAAGUCCACCCCAGGCCACCACCAGAGGCCCAGCAGGACGGAGGCCACCCUCAUCCAAAGCCAGAGAGCCAGCAAGACAGAGGCCACUCUCAUUCAUAGCCAGAGCUCCAGCAGGACAGAGGCCACCCUCAUCCACAGCCAGAGGCCCAGCAAGACGGACGCCACCCAGAUUCAAAGCCAGAGGCCCAGCAGGGCAGAGGCUGCCUGGAGCCCAAGGCAAAAGCUCAACAAGACCCAAGCCACCCAGGGCUCAAGGCGGAGGCUCAGAAAGUCCAAGGGUGCCCGUGGUCAGAGCUGGAGACUCAGAAAGGCAGCUGCUACCCAGGACCAAAGUUGGAGAAUGAUCCAAAGCCCCAGCAAGAUCAAUACUUCCUAUGACUCAAGUUGGAGCCCCUCCAACACCGAGGCCACCAAGGGCCAGGCUCAGAGUCAGAGGCGCAGCCAGUCCAAGGCGGCCCAGAGCCAGAGCGCAAGCCCAGGUUCCAGCAAGACCGAGGUCACCUGGGGACUGAGCCCCAGUCUCAGCAACAUGCAGACUUCCCAGGGCCCAAGACAGAAGCCCAGCCCCGGCAGUGAGGCUCCUCUCUGA